UUCAUUGUAGGAUAUAAAGACAGACAAAGAUGAAGAGUAUUGCAGAAAAAUUAAUGAAGUUCUCAAUAAUCCUCCCUCACCCGGCUUACAAAGAAGUAAUGGAGGAAACCCGGAAGGAAAUUUACAAAAUUUAUUGAACAAUAUGUCUCAACAACAGUUAAUGCAACUAUUUGGUGGAGUAGGACAAAUUGGAGGUCUUGGAAAUUUAUUAGGAAGUAUGAAUCGACCUUUUGCUACCAACCGGGUACCUAAUGUAACUAGCUCAAAUCCAACCACAAAUACAGUAGUACGAUCAACUUCAUCUUUAACACCCAGCCCACCUACCGUUGUUACAGAAACAUCCAAAUUAAUUGGUGCUUCUGAACCUUCACAAGAUCUAUCAAUAGUUAUGCCGAAUGAUAAUCCGAUUCAUCUUAGUGAUUUGCAAAACUAUUUAUCAGAGUUUUCAACGACAUCAUGUUCAGAUUCACCUCAACAA